AUGAGACAAACUCUGUGCAUGCAGUGCAGCAGCUGCAACAACAGCAGCAGCAGCAGCAACAACAGUAACAACAGCAGCAACAGCAGCAAACACCAAGAACGAGAGCAGCGGCACCCAGAGCAGCAGCUGCAGCAAGGUUUGGAGGCCUGCAGCAGGGAUCAGCAGCAGCAUAACGACAACAAGAGCAGCUGGAGCUGCAAGAGCAGCAGCAGCAGCGGCAGCAGCAGCAGCAGCAGCAGCGGCAGCAACUUCAGCAGCAGCAGGACACCACACAAAAGUGACCAGGCUGCUGCAGCAUUGCUGCUAGAUGGCCCCGUGUGGCUGCUCGCUCUGUAUUUCCGACGAGCCGCUAUCCACCAAGCGUUGCCCCAGAAGCAGCAGCAGCAACUGCAGCAGCACCAGGGCGAUAGCGGGUGCUGCGGCUGCAGCAAGAGCAGCAGCAGGAGCAGCUGUGGCUGCUGCCAGCAGCCUCAACAGCAGCAGCAGCAGCAGCAGGGGGUUGACUUGGAGUCCGCAGCUGCACAGCCUGAGGCACCGAUGCUGCAUUUCCCUCUGAGCAGGCUGAGCAGUGCUGCUGCUGCUGCUGCAGCUAGCGCAGCAGCAGCACGAGAUAAAGCAGCAGUAACUCUUCCUAUUGUCUCUCGACAGGGACGCAGGAGAUUAGCAGCAGCAGCAGCAGCAACAGCAGCAGCAACAACAACAGCGGCAGGGACGGUGUCGUCAGCAGUUGCUGCAGUGCGGGCCCGCGCUGCGGCGAGCCGUUGCGCAGCAGCAGCAACAGCAGCAGCAGCAACAGCAGCAACCACUGCAGGAACAACUGCAGCAGCAACAGCAGCGGCAAAGUCUCCAGCUGCAGCAGCAGCAUCUGCACGGCAUCGAGCUGCUGCUGCUGCAGCAGAGGACUUGCCGCCGCAGAAGAAGCGGCGGCAGCAGCAGCAGGUUCCGGGUGAUGCUAUAGAGAAGCAGAAGCAGCAGCAGCAAAGUGAGCAGCAGCAGGGCUCCGGAGUAGAGCAACAGGAAGAGCAGCAGCAGCAGCAGCAGCAAGUCGACUGGACAGUGGCUUUGUCUGCGACGCCAUCUGCUGCACCAACUGCAGCAACAACAGCAGCAGCAACAGCAGCAGCAGCAGCAGCUGCUGCUGCUGGGCCUACGGGUUGGCGCAGCCGUUGGAAGGCAGCAGCACAGCCGCGCCAGGCAGCUGGGCGCUCAUGGGGGGGAGUUGUAGAUAGACACCCUCCUAGGCGUGCUGCUGCUGCUGACGCUGCUGAUACUGCUGCUGACGCUGAUACAAGACCCGCUGCUUCUGCUGAGUCUCGUUUUGCUGCAGCACCCAGCAGCAGCAGCAGCAGAGACGGCACAGGGCAGUUAAGGCGUGAGGCAGCAGGCGCAGCACUCGCUACUGCUUCUCCUGCUCCUGCUGCUGCUGCUGCUGCUGCUGCUGUUGCUGCUGCUGCUGCUGGGUUCUCGUGGGGCAGCAGCUUGCUGGGAGUUAUCUCUGCUCGCAGCACAGGCCUCAGCUCAGCCUUGCUGCGUCCGACGAGGCGGCUGCUUGGAUUGCAGAGCAGCAGCAGCAGCAACAGCAGCAGCAGCAACAGCAGCAGCGGGAAAGCCGUUUCUUCGCCGCUCGAAUUGCCGCAUGCCAGCGCACCGCAAAGUUCAAAGGCGGGAAGCAGCAGCAGCAGCUGCAGCAGCAGCUGCAGCAGCAAACUUGAAGAACCGCACCACCCCUUAGGGGCGUCUCAGAUGAGCAGCAGCCACAACGAUAGAACAAGUAACAAUGAAAAUGCAAGCAACAAUUGCAGCAGCAGCAGCAGCAGCAGUACCAGCAGCAGCAGCAGCAGCAAGAGCCGGUUAUCUGUGCUGGAGCGAUCAGAAGUCCCCCGGCUGUACAGGCGUUUGCUGCGGCGUGUUGCGAGGGCUGCUGGGAGCUGCAGCGUCAGCAAGCCUUCGUUGCUGCUGCUGCUGCUAGAGGCAACAGACGGGUCUUCUGCUGCUGCUGCUGCCCUGGGCGGCAGCUGCAGCAGCAGCAGCAGCAGCAACAGCAGCAGCAGCAGCAGAAGCAACACCAAGAGAAAGGCCCGCCUCGGGGAGGUAGGGAGGCUGCUGCUGCUGCAGCAUGCGUGGCAGCGAGCGAAGACAGCAGCAAACUGGCGGCGCAUGCAAAUAGCAGAAGGGGUGGGUUGUACGUACACCGCAAGAGGGAGACGGAGGGAUUUAGCAGCAGGAACUCCUGCUGCAGCAGCAAAUCCCGCUGCAGCAGCAAAUCCUGCUGCAGCAGCAGAUCCUGAUGCAGCAGCACCUGGUGCUGUUGCUCGGUAA